AUGCUGGAAGCUUCCACAGUGUGCCAGUUGGAAUUGGCUGUAGACCCGUUAUACCUAGACUUUUUUCUUAAUUUCGCCCCGACCGGUUGCUCGCACCAGCACGAUAUAGCUCCAGAACGAGUCGAUCGUUUGUCAUCGGACAUGAGCCAUCGCAUCACUACGGCAGCAUGCCUUAUCAUUGGUGAUGAAGUGUUGAACGCGAAAAUCAAGGACCUGAACUCGUACUCGUUUGCCAAGUACUGCUUCGAGCUCGGAAUUGAGCUGCGCAAAGUCAUGGUUGUUCCCGACGAAAGCGACGAGAUCGUCGAGGCAAUCCGAUCUAUGCAGAGAUACGAUUUUGUCGUGACCUCCGGCGGCAUUGGCCCCACCCACGACGAUAUUACCUACGAGUCACUUGCCAAGGCCUACAAUCUGCCCGUUGAGAUCGACAAGGAGACGGAGGCGCGCAUGAACAGACUGGCCAAGAACCCGCCCAAGGAUCGGCCGGCCCUGGAGCGACAAGCAGCUCUGCGCAUGGCGACUUUCCCGCGCGGACCCAAUGUGACAAAAUACUUUGUUGCUGAUGAUUUGUGGGUGCCGGUCGUGGCAAUUGACCACAGAAUCCACGUCCUGCCCGGCAUCCCCCGGCUGUUCAACCGCCUGCUCAACGGCUUGAUGCCUUUGCUCGUGGACCGUCUGGACACCCGUAAGUACAUUCGUCGGUACAUUUCAACCAAAAUGUCCGAGUCCGGCAUGGCCGCUCCCCUGACAGAGCUCCAGGAAAAGUACGGCCCCGACGGCGUCAAGAUCGGAUCGUACCCCCAUAUCGAAUGCGGCUGCAACACCGUGAGCAUCAUUUGCAAUCACGAAAACGACCUAUCUGACAAGGUAGUCGCUGAGGUCAUUGAGAAAGUCGCCGGUCAUGAGAUCUCAGCUGAUGAAGAGGCGAAACUCCACUAA